GAUUCCGAUCAUUAAUUUCUUAUAGAUACAUGCUUCAACUCAGGUUAAGGCUAUUGAAUCGAAAUUCUUUGAAUAAUGAUCAAUACGCCUGGGCGUGUAAGCACGAGAAAUUAGGCUCACGGUAAAUGGAUGAGAUUCAAAAUGUAGGCUAUGCCCUAGGGUAUAUGACAGCGAUGGUGGUAUUGGUGGCACGAGUGGCACGAGUGGCUGCAGAAUAACCAUGUAUACCCACCGGGUUCCCUCCCUUGCUCUGGCGUUAUACCUAGUCCUCCACAUAAUUACCUUGUGGGGCGUAAAUCCAUUUCGAGAGCAUUACAUCAGCGAAUCACUUUGGUUUUUAUAUCUUCAGUCUUUUAGGAAACUCGAUAAUUCUUUUUUUGGUGGCAUCUGAUACAAUCUAAAAACGCCGAUUUUUUGUCGGAUUUAUUAUUGUCUGUUCAUUUCGCAAUCAAUACCACUUUCCAAACUCGAACUCGGGGUCCCGUAAACAAUGCGCCCUCAAGCUGAAUUUUGACCUCGAAUGUUGAAAAUCAUGAACAGAACAUCUGAGAAGACAAUGGAGGAUUGGAAAUCGGAGUUCAGGAGUCCUCUGAAUUGGAUGAAGUACCAAUAUCAGCCUGGCAGUGGUUGAGAUUCGUACUGUCGACGGCGACGAUAAAUACCACGGUUGUUUCCCGCUCUCAAAAUGUAUCCUUCAUCAGUUUCUCAUCACUCUUCACCAAGAGAUCAACAGAUCAUAUUUAGACCUUUCUCGACAACUUACCUUGCGCAAAAGCCUACACUGUAUUUGGACAACAACUUGGUUCAACAAGAUUUCAUCCCCUCGAAACAGAUUCUGAUAUUGAUCAACCUCAAGAAUGAUUUCUAUUCGCGCCUUUGGCCUUUUGGCUUUGGCUUCUUCGUCUGUAUUGGCAUUAAAUCCUAAACAGGCACGAUACUGGUCUCGAAAUGAUGCUCGGGCUAAAGUCACAAAUGAUGUGCCGAGCGAAGUUGACUACAUUGUUGUUGGCAGUGGUCCAGGAGGCGGACCUCUUGCAUCUCGUCUUGCUCUUGCUGGAUAUGAAGUCUUACUGAUCGAUGCUGGAGAUGACCAAGGGGAUCAGAUUCUUGCUGAAAUGCCCAUCUUUCAAUUCGCAUCGACUGAGAUUGAAGCACAGCAAUGGGAUUUCUUCGUCCAUCAUUACUCUGAUCUUGAACGUCAAAAGAAAGAUACGAAAAUGACCUAUCAAACUACUGAUGGAGACUACUACGUCGGAUUAGAUCCCCCAGCAGACGCAGAACCACUUGGUGUCUGGUAUCCUCGAGCUGGAACUCUUGGUGGCUGCUCGAACCACAACGCUAUGAUCUCAAUCUACCCGCACGAUAGCGAUUGGCAACACAUUGUAGACAUUACCGGUGACGAUUCUUGGGCUCCCGACAACAUGCGAACAUAUUUUGAAAAGAUGGAACAUUGCGAUUAUCUCCCAGAAGAUACUCCUGGGCACGGCUUUGACGGAUGGCUCCACACAGGUGCCACCAACCAAACUAUGAUUGUUCAAGAUGAAAAGAUUAAUUCGAUCGUCAUUUCUGCCGCUGAUGCCUUCUCAGUAAACGCAUCCGACUCGACUCUUGUAAAUGCUAAAGGCUUCGAUCAGGUUGUCUCUCUGGAUCCCAAUAGUCCAUCAUCUGCGACAAACAACGCCACUGGAUUGUACCAGAUUCCAAUCGCUGUUGAUGGAAGAACGAGAAACGGAGCUAGAAAUUUUAUCCUCGAAACAGCGAAUGCAGUCAAUACCGACGGAUCCCAAAAGUACAAGUUGACCCUCAAACUCAACACAUUCGUCACAAAGAUUCGAUUCUCUAACGAUACCACACCUCGCGCUCUCGGUGUCGACUUCUUAGAAGGCAAGAGUUUAUACAGAGCUGAUCCCAGAGCUGGAAAAAAUGGAACUCAAGGUACUCCCGGUAGUGUCAACGCGAGAAAGGAGGUUAUCAUUUCAGGCGGAACAUACAACAGUCCUCAGCUACUCAAGCUCAGUGGUGUCGGACCCAAAGCUGAACUCGAAUCAUUCAAUAUCCCAGUUCUAGUUGAUCUCCCAGGUGUCGGUACCAACAUGCAGGACCGCUACGAAACGACCCUCGUCUCUGAAUCCGACAUUCCAUUCUCCAUCGCCGAGGGCUGUACUUUCCUCACUACUCCCGAUGAUCCCUGUUUGACGCAAUGGAGGAACGACACUACAGAUGCAGGACUCUACGCUACGCCCGGCCUCCCACUCGCCAUGAUCGCGCGAUCCAGCACCGCAGGAGAAGAUCCCGAUCUCCUGAUUUCCGGCGCCCCUGCCAACUUCCACGGUUAUUAUCCAGGCUACUCCGGUCCUGCUCUCGGCGAUGCUCUACACUGGAGUUGGAUUACGCUCAAAGCUCACGCGCGCAACACCGCGGGGACGGUCACCCUUCGAUCAUCCGAUCCGCUCGAUACUCCUUUAAUCCAGAUGCACUAUUUCGACGAAGGGACAUCGACUGAUGAUGCGUGGGAAAAAGAUCUCCAGGCAAUGUACGAAGGCAUGUCACUUUCCCGCCAGGUAAUGAACAGUGUUGUUCCGCUCGACGGAUCGUUCAAUGAGACAUGGCCUGGAGCAGACGUUUCCACGGAAGAAGAACUCAAGGAAUUUAUCCAGGAUGAAGCGUGGGGUCAUCAUAUUUCAUGUACGAAUCCCAUCGGUGCUGAUGAUGAUGAAAUGGCGGUUUUGGACAGCAGUUUUAGGGUUCGGGGAACGAGUGGUUUGAGAGUAGUCGAUGCGAGUGUUUUCCCUAAGAUUCCGGGAUUCUACAUCGCGGUGCCGAUUUAUAUGGUUAGUGAGAAGGCGGCGGCGGUCAUCAUUGAGCAAGAUGCGGCGGGAACGAGUUAUAGAUAGGUAGGCGGUGGUGGUUGGUUGAGUGAUGGUUUGAUUGGGUUUGAUUGGGUUUGACUUUUGUCUUGUCGUGGGUUUUCGUUAUUUUUCUGCAAUUACUUACGGAGUGGUGGUGCAGGUGCAGGUGCAGGUGCAGGUGGUGUCUUAUUUUGCUAUCGUCAUCGUUGCUGCUAUUUUUACGGGUUGGGGUUGCUUUCAUUAAAAGGUACUAGAUGUAGAUAGCUAUUCUUCUAUGGGGUGGUGUUUAGAUUACAUAGGCGGUUUGUUAGAUACUGUAGAUAGUUAGUCAUUUGAAUUCAUUCGUUGCUUACCA